UUCGAGGUGGUUUAUUCAUGAUGAGCUUUGGUAUUUCUGUAUUUAACAGUUUAAAAAGUGAUCUCUUUGUCUCUAUGAAUAUAGACAGUUUAUCAUGAACAAUACAAGCGUUCCAAAACAAAGAACCGCGGGUUACGUCACAUUUAGAUUGCGACGCAACUGCAUGUUUGGCCAAUCAGAGUGGAGGAACGGGACAUAGUGGGCGGAGUCUGACUUCCAGAGGGAGCGGUCCGCCAAAUUCAAACAGCCAGCCACUGGAAACAAAGUAAAGGAUAGUUUGACUUCAAAAGACUCCGCAAUUUGGGAAAAGAACGAUCUCAUGAUGACGUCCACUAUUGUGAGUGGGGUCUGGAGGUCGCAUGCUGUCCUCGAUGAGUCAGAGCCCGACAGCUCGCCCGAAGCGCCGCAGCAGUUUAAGAAGAUGCGCUCCACCAGCUCGCUGAACUCACUGAGAAUGUCUCUGCGGAAGCGGCUGCCCCUGAAACCAGUGCAGUCCAACGUCAACAUCUCGGAGAACCCCACCUGGGAGUCACUACAGAUGAACCAAAAGACCAGUGUUGUCCGCAAAAUGACCCGCAGUGCAAAAAACUCCAUUGGAAACGUCUGUCAGAAGUUUCAAAGGAGCAGACAGCCACGUCAGGAGUGUCUGGUCAUGACGCCUGGUAGAACGUCAGGUGGAGAGGAGUGUGAUUGCACCGGGGCAUCACAAACCCCAAAGCGAUCUGCCGCCCGUACUACCAUCACCCCCAGGCGAACUCCAAGGUCAACCAGCAAGCGGACUCCUCGAGGGGCCUGUACCCCAGACGCCAGUGCCCGUGCUGUUAGGACGGUGAAGACCAGGGGCACCAGGAGGCAGCUGGUGCGAAUGGCUGCACUCAGAAGCCCUUUUGCAUCACCCAACACAAUGAACAGCAGGAGGCAGUUUGAUGAGGAUCUGGAUUGUGUGUCCAAAGGCCUAGGAAGGCUAAAACGUCUCUCUCAAGCCUUUGAUGAUGCGAUUUGGAAAGAUGAUAGGGUCCAGGCCUUGGAGCACUACCAAGGGGUCAUGAGCAAGAGCUACAGCACGACCAAGAGCAACAUUUCCAGAGGACUGAACAGGGCUUCCAUCCGAAAACAGACACAGCGCAUCCAGCAGUCCGUAAGCAGCUGGACUGAUGUGGCCAUGUCAAACAUCCGCAAAGCCACUUAAGAGGCAACUGUUUUCCUUAGGCUAUCAAACAUGUAUGUUGUCUUGUGUUUCUCAGUAUAUGCCAGAAGAGGCCUUGUCCAGUAUUUUGAAGGGACACUUUUCUUAUCUGUCUGUAUCUUUUAAUGGGCAACUGAAUAUACUGUAUCACUAUAUGAAAACACUUCCAUUUAUAGCCGCUGAUUU